GCUGUCACCAAAAACAAUUACAAAAAACAAACACAAAAAAACACAUCUACAUCACACACUCUCUUUCUCUCUAGAAAUUCCAUUUACCAACAAGUCUAGUCUACUACGUCCCCGUCACGUUUCCCCAGUAUUCAGUUUUUUUCUAGAGAGAGAAACACACAACAAAUCAGAUCGAGAUCAGUAGAGAUAUUUGUAGAGAGAUAAGGGAAAAUGUUGGAGUGUUGUUACAGGCCCCUGGAGAGAUGCUUCGGGUCAGAAACAGGCGGGUCGGAUGCAUUGUUGUGGCACAUGGAUUUGAAACAACACGCGUCGGGUGAUUACUCAAUUGCUGUUGUUCAAGCGAAUUCUUCGCUAGAAGAUCAAGCUCAAGUCUUCACUUCUCCCCAGGCUACUUUUGUUGGUGUUUAUGAUGGUCAUGGUGGUCCCGAGGCUUCUCGCUUUAUUACUAAUAAUCUCUUUGCUUAUCUUCACAAAUUCACUUCAGAACAAGGGGGUUUAUCGGCUGAAGUUAUCAAAAGGGCUUUUGGUGCAACAGAAAACGAUUUUUUGCGUUUGGUAAAGCAAUCUUGGUUGGAGCAACCCCAUAUUGCUUCAGUUGGUUCAUGUUGUCUUGUUGGAGCGAUUUCAAAUGGUGUUCUUUAUGUUGCAAAUCUUGGAGACUCCCGGGCUGUGCUUGGGCGGCGGAUGACUAGCUCUUCAACUGUUUUCGCAGAAAGGUUGUCAACAGAUCAUAAUGUUGCGUUUGAGGAGGUUAGAAAGGAGGUCAGGGCAAUGCAUCCUGAUGAUUCAACCAUUGUGGUGUACACUCGUGGAGUUUGGAGAAUAAAGGGCAUAAUUCAAGUGUCCAGAUCAAUCGGAGAUGUUUAUUUGAAGAAACCAGAACUUGUUAGAGAUCCUUUUCCCCUGCUACAUGCAUCCCGGGUCCCUUUGAAAAAAGCUGUUAUGACAGCAGAGCCCUCAAUAUUAACCCACAAAUUAAGGCCAGAAGAUUUGUUCGUGAUUUUUGCAUCGGAUGGCCUUUGGGAGCAACUCACGGAUGAGGCGGCAGUUGAAAUAGUGCUGAAACAUCCAAGAACAGGAAUAGCUAAGCGAUUGGUGCGAGCUGCGAUCGAGGAGGCAGCCAGAAAGAGACAAAUGAGGUACGAUGACAUUAGAAGAAUUGAGAAAGGGAUAAGGCGUCAUUUUCAUGAUGAUAUCACAGUGGUUGUCAUAUAUCUGGAUCAGCAACAAAGUUCUCCUGGUGGUAAUUCCACGAAUCAUUUUGCCUCUGACUGCACUAGUGCCCCAAUGGACAUAUACUCGUUUAAUUCGGAAGGAGAAAGUACUCCAUGUAUUACUCCAUGAAUGAACCCGUGUCAGUCACAUAUCCUGUGCUGCUCGUGAAUAUGCAAUAAAUUUUGCAGGACAGGAGCCUCAAACAGUCUUUAGAUGAGAGUUCACUUUAAUAACUGGAGAAGUCCAUGUUUUUUGUACAUAUUGUAGGUGAGGAACAAUAUGUAACGGUUGUCUUCCACGCUUGGUUUUGAUAUCAUUUUCUGUGUUUUGGUCGCAUGAUGUGUCUCAGGAGAAUGAGACCAUGUAAGUUUGUGUUGUAUAUAUUUUUUGGGGAAAAAUGUUUCAUUUCUUGCGCAGAAAGCUUGCCUCUUGUGAACCCUCUUAAAACUAUAAAUCAGAAUCUGCUUGCUUAGCAGUUGGAUA